CCCAAAAUAGUCUUCUAAAAUCCUCCCCUUACUUGCCUUCCCCUUCGUUUCUCUCCCUCUCUCUCUUUCGUAAUUUCAUAUCGCCGACUGUACCCAACUGAACGCAAAUCACUACAGUCGUCACCAGCAGCAGAAAGAGAAGAGACGAUGUUCAAGGACGUGUCGAGCUGCAACACCUACAACUAUGGCGACGCCCUCUAUUGGGACGCCCGCUAUGUCGAAGAAGGAGGCUCCUUCGACUGGUACCAGCGCUACUCUUCUCUCCGCCCUUUUGUCCGAAACUACAUACCAACCUCCUCUCGGGUUCUCAUGGUCGGCUGUGGCAAUGCUGUUAUGUCUGAGGACAUGGUUGCGGAUGGAUAUGAAGACAUAAUGAACGUUGACAUUUCAUCAGUGGCCAUUGACAUGAUGAAAAGAAAAUAUGAGCACAUACCUCACCUGAAAUACAUGCAAAUGGAUGUUAGGGAUAUGAGUGUCUUCCCAGAUGAAUCAUUUGAAGGUGUCAUUGAUAAAGGAACUCUUGAUUCACUGAUGUGUGGCAAUGAUGCUCCAAUUAGUGCUGCUCAAAUGCUAGGGGAAGUGAGUAGGCUUCUUAAACCUGGAGGGAUCUAUUUGUUGCAGAUAACCUAUGGUGAUCCUACAGUAAGGAUGCCUCAUUUGAUCCGGCCAGUGUACAAUUGGAAAGUUAAUUUGUACAUUAUACCCAGACCAGGAUUCCAAAGGCCUGAAGGUUGUAGUUCAUCAAUAAAGUCAUAUUUGGAACCUAUUCCUAUCACCGAGAAGGGCUUACUUCCAGCUGAGUUUGUUUUGGAAGAUCCAGAUUGUCACUUUAUAUAUGUGUGUAAAAAGGAUGAUAUGGAGCUAAGUAGUGCAACAACUUAUGGAUUGACAGUUGAUCUCUUACAGUAGCUACUUGGAGUGAAGCACCAAUGAAGGUAUAACGGUCAUCCUUGGGUGUCUGACAGAUAAAGGAUUCUGUUCAAUGUAUCUGCCUGGAUUUUUGGGAUGAAAAUCUAAAACAAAAAACCCAAUAAAAUAAAAUCCUCCUGAGAAACCAUAGACACAUUAUCCCCAUCUUUGAUUUCUUUUAUUGUAUCAGUAAGUAGCUACCAAAACAAUUACAAAAAUAGAAGUGUGAUAUUAAGUUCAUGGAACAUUCUUGCUCAGCUCCCUUGUACGAGUAUGUGAUGGUUGUUUUGGCGUCCUGGUGAGUGGUUGCUAGAAUGCAUUGUUGUGUCGAUCCUCCAGUUUGUUCAAGUUUACAACCAGUUUUUAUUGAAAA